AAACCAUCAUCACCCUCUCCAGAGGACUUAGAAAUAAUGGCUAUUGCUCCUCACGACUUCGUCAUUGAAUUAAAUGACUAUGAUAGUGACGCAGUGAUUCCAGUUACCAAACCUACUGCUACCGCAACUACUGCAGAGAUAUUAAUUGACACUCAAUCUGGUUCUGGUAUUGAAAGGAAUGAAAACAGCAUAAUAUUCAUAAAUAAUUCAGAACACACCAUUGAAGAGGUUCAAGUUAACAAACCUAAAAAACUUGCUCAGAAGACAGACAUUGAUAUUACUAAUGACACAAAGGCUAAAACUAAAAAGCAAAAAGACUUAAAAAAUAAAUAUGAUGGAAUGCGCCAGUCUAUUGUAGACAGCAAUGUACAUUUUAAAGAAAGACACUUGGAAAUGAUGAAAGUUGAACAUGAGUAUAAUAUUAAAAUAGCAAAGUUAAAAAUAAAAAAACUUGAAUUGGAAAUAGAUUUAUUAGAAAGCAAGAGAAAUACCAAUUAA